AAUGCACCAGAGGCUGGCUGCAAACCGCGAAGAAGAAGAGAACGUGAAUCUUUUAAAAGUCGUUGUUUUUGUCUCAGACUUGUUUAUUCUUUGCUUCUUUGGUUUUAUUAAAUAUCAGCAGCGACAUCUCACAGAACUCAGGUGGUUUGGGGAACGAGCUUCAGCCCGGAUCCAUUUAACUGAGGGACGGGACCUGCGGCUCUUUCUAAUCCGGAAUUCAAACUCCUCUCGGCGGGACCAGCAUCGAGCAGGACUCGGUCCCACUUGUCCCACUUAUCCAACAUGGAGUUCGAUGACAGCGUGUUGACGCGGCGUGUGGACGGUGGUAAAGCGGGCGCAGAAGAGGCUCGAACCCGGCCACACAUGACUCUCCACUGCACACAGUGUAACACCGUGAUGGCGGAUUCCCUCAGCAUCUGCGGGGAGAUCACAUGCAUGAACCUGAUCGUGUGUCUGCGAGCGACCUCUGACGUUGUCAUCAGUAAUACAAAGGAGUCCGGACAUAAAGGAGAAAUGGCAAAUUGCAUCUACAGUUCUCUGAAGUGUCGUGGCUGCCGCUCUUCUGUGGGCAAAGUUAUUCACUCAGCUCCGUCGCGUUGGGCCUCGAUUCGCUCGCUCUUCCUCCUCCACAGAGCAAACAUCACUUGCUACAUCCUCGACAGCAGGUCCAUGGUGAAAGCUUCCACAAUAACAUUGGAUCUGAAGCCAGUCAAACAAAACAUCGAUGAGGUGAGGAAGCAGUUCCAGGUGCAGCUGGAUCGGAUGUUGUGUCUAAAGAGCCGAUUGGCCGAACGCAGUAUCACCAGCGUCUUGGAGAAGUAGACCCAACUGCACCUCGUCCUGGGAAAAGGCUUCUUGUGCUCCUCACUCUGCUGCCCUCUAUAGGCCGGUGUGUGUAAUGUAUAUAUGUCAUGUUUUCUGUAUUGUGGUAUUUUGAGGUUUUCAUUAAAUGGCUCUAGGAAUAAUC